AUGCCUCGCCCUGAUCGGCCGCACCGAUUCCACGCUCUCGGGCAAAACAGUCUCUACGAGCGAGCAGAAACAGCACAACCUGCUGGACCUUCCAUGCCGGAAAUCACCGGCGACAAAGUCAUGCAUCAGAUUGCCGCUCAAGUAGGCACAUGGAACAUAUUCAUCCUGAACGCCGGCCACCUACCCAAUCCCACCUCCGUCGCAUCCGCCAAUCUCUUCGAUUGCUGGACAAUCUUAACCUACGAGCAUCCCGACGCAGACGAACGCAAAAUCCGUCGUCAUAGCCGCCACCGCCUUCCUCUCCACGGCCAACAAAAUUUCUUACACGAUCCACCUCCUUUACACCCCCCACCUUUCUACUCCUUCGUCAGUGUCCGUCGUCACUCCGACAACCUGACCGGUUGUACUUGA